GUCCUCCGAUGGUACAACGGUGUAGAAAGCUCGUCCUGUAAAAACGCCGAUGUAAAAAAAUAAGUAAAACGCUGUGGAAAAACAUGGGAAAAAGGAAAAUAAAAAAAACAACAAGUGGUCGCUGUAUUCUGAUUUGUUAACAACGGCGUUAUCGAACCUUUCCAUUGAUGCGACCAGAUAUCAAAUAGGACGUGGUUGUUCUCAGUACAUUGUGGUAGAGUUUGUGAUGUAGAAAAUGGCUGGCGUGAGUGAAUACUUUGCGAUUGGAAGUAUCGUCGCCUGCAAGACUUGUUACAACAAAGUGCUGGAAGGAGAGGUCCAAGCGUUCGACCCCCAGACGAAAAUGCUCGUUUUGAAAUGCCCUGCAUCAAACAAUAGACCGAGAUGCAACAAUGUUUAUAUAGUAAAUUUAUCGUUAGUUAGUGAUGUUGAAGUUAAAAAAGAAGUAACUGCACCUCCUGAACCAACCAAACCAUUAAAUCUGCAAAGGAUAAACAAUAGGGUAAGAAAUAACAUUGAACAGAAAAAAUGUCUCGUAGCAGCGAUCAAGGCUGGAGUCACCCAUGAGGGUAUGCUGCUCUUUCACACCAUUAGCAAAACAAUAAAUGAAACAACUUGGCAAGGACCAAACAUAUUAAUAAUGAAUCAAGUAACGAUAACACCACCUUACAAAACUGAAAAUAUAAAGGGUGAUUGUCAUAGCAAAGCAUAUAAACAUAUUCGAAAAGUAGUAGAAAAACAUUUAAAAGAUAUGCAGCUGAUGAACAGCAAACAGGAGUGUGAAAAUAAGCUAACUGGGGUCUCAUCUACAGCAGGUGCAAUGGCUCAUUCACAGUAGAAGCCUAUCUAUCUUUUCAAAAAAUUUAACCCUCGCCUCGAUUAAUGACACACGAACGUGUUGCCAGCCAAGAAAAACCCAAAUGUUAAUAGACUGACACUCAGAAAUAAUUAUUUUGUAUAGUAUCAUUUUUUACCACUCAUCAAUUUUUCCAUAAUAUCCAUUAAAUUUUUUUGUUUCUAUGUUUGAAAUCUUAACAGACAACAAUUAGUUAUAAAAGUUCAAGUUCGUUGCUAAACUUAUAAUUUGUGUAUCCAGAUAUAAUUAUUGAAAUGCAAUUAAGAUAGUAAAAUCUUCGCUGGUGUUCUCAUGUGAGUGAUUUUGGAGGAAUCGAGGGCUAGUAUUCUCUUUAGUAUAACCAUUUAAAUUGAGAGAUGGGUUAUCUGUUCAUAUAUCGAAGGUUUAUAGUAAAAUGACUGGCUAUUAUCGAGUGUGUUACAAGAAUACACUUUUGAAAUCUCUGUGUUACCAUUGUAAUAUUUUGUAAAAUUGAGGAGGACUUGGUAUCGCCAAUUUUGUACAUUUAUAGAAACCGAAAUCUGGACCUCCAUUAAGUUUAAAUUUUU